AUGGACCUGCUCCGAUCGAAUCUUUCUCGGAGGUCUGAAGGCGGGUUGUUUGUCGACAUGACCACAUUUCUUGCUUUCGGGAAAGAUUAUGUGGGUUGGAAUUAUGAGAAGACUGGAAACCCUGUUUAUUUACACAUAAAGCAAACAAGGAAGGUGGUCCCUGAAGAUAGGCCUUUGAAGAAACCAACUCUUUUGGCUAUAGGUGUUGAAGGGGGAUUUGACAAUAAUGAACCUGAAUAUGAAGAAGUUCAUAAUAUUGUCAUAUUACCUGAUUAUGUUACUUUACCAUUCCCUUCAGUGGAGUUGCCAGAGAAGGUGAGGUUGGCAGUUGAUGCUAUCAUAAUGGCUGAAGGUGCUGAGAGGAAAGAGCAACUUGCUGCCUGGACAGCUGAGAAGAAGCAAGUUAGUGCAUAUGCAAUGAAUCUACCACAGAUUGACAAUGGUGUUGUCAUUCCACCGUCUGGGUGGAAAUGUGCCAAGUGUGACAAAAAAGAUAAUUUGUGGCUAAAUCUUACGGAUGGAAUGAUUCUUUGUGGGAGGAAAAAUUGGGAUGGAACAGGAGGCAACAACCAUGCCAUUGAACAUUACAAGGAGACAAGCUAUCCUCUUGCUGUGAAGCUUGGGACAAUUACUGCUGAUCUCGAAGCAGCAGAUGUUUGGAGGAUUUAUUGCCUCCAUGAAAUACUGCUAGAACUAACCAUGGGUACACAUUGUGGCAGCUCAGAUGUUUUCUCUUAUCCAGAGGAUGACAGUGUCAUGGACCCACUUUUAGCACAGCAUCUGGCAUUUUUUGGCAUUGAUUUUUCAGCCUUACAAAAGACUGAAAUGACAACUGCCGAGAGGGAACUUGACCAGAACACCAACUACGAUUGGAACCGAAUACAAGAAAGUGGACAGGAUGUGGAACCUAUUUUUGGACCAGGUUAUACAGGACUUGUAAAUCUUGGAAACAGGUGA